AUGGCCACAGUAAACAAUACUAACCACCCCAACACCCAUGCCGCCGCAGCAGCUCCGCCGGUGACAGCGGUGAAGCAGUCUGUAUCCGCUGUGAAAACCGCCGAUACCCAGUCUGUUCUUAAAAGGCUGCAAUCAGAGUUAAUGGCCCUGAUGAUGGGUGGAGAUUCAGGAAUAUCCGCAUUCCCGGAGGAAGACAACAUAUUCUGCUGGAAAGGUACUAUAACUGGCAGCAAAGAUACUGUGUUUGAAGGAACAGAGUACAAGUUAUCCCUUUCAUUCCCCCCCGACUAUCCUUUCAAGCCCCCGAAGGUUAAAUUUGAGACCAGUUGCUUUCAUCCCAAUGUUGAUUUGUACGGGAACAUAUGCUUGGACAUAUUACAGGAUAAGUGGUCGUCUGCAUAUGAUGUAAGGACAAUCUUGCUGUCAAUUCAAAGUCUGCUUGGAGAGCCUAAUACGAGCUCGCCUCUAAAUACUCAGGCAGCAGCUCUUUGGGGAAAUCAAGAAGAGUAUAGGAAGAUGGUCGAGAAACUAUACAAGCCGAGUGCAUAG